UCUCUCUCUCUCUCUCUCUCUCUCUCUCUCUCUCUCUACCGCAGACACACACUCCUUGUUUCCUCCCAGUUUUUUAUGUACCUUCAACUUGAGCCACCCUACACUUUAAAUCGAUAAGAUUGAAUCUCUGCCCAUACGAUAAUUAAGCUCCAUCAAUCUGAUAGACUUCAUAAAUUAUAUACCAACUUGUUUUAUUGUGAAUGCAGAUACAAGAACCCAACAGCACCCAGUUUGAGACAAGGACCACAGGGACCUUCUUUAGGAACCUCUUUCGAAAUGCCUUCUACUUACACUCUCUCCUGAUGGCAAUCUUGGUAAUCUUUCUCACCAUCCGCGGCCUCCUCUCCGCUGCCCACAGCCACCACUUCCACCCUAAAAAAUGGUACCCACCGCUUCUCGCUUCAACAGCAUGUGCCGGAAUUGUCAGUUUUGCAUGGCAAUCAGUCACCUGCUGCAACCCACCAAGAGCCAUUAAGGCAGCCUUCUGGCUUAGCCCUGUGCUAACAUGUGCGGUGGGCAUUCUUUUUGUCUUAAUCGGUUCAGCUGGAAGCUUGGUAGCAGGAGCAGUAGCUCUUCUUUCUUCCGUCAUUCAAUCCCUUUAUUCAUGUUGGGUAAAUCCCCGGUUCGAGUAUGCUGUCCGGCUACUAUCAGUUUCUCUCUCACCCUCUCCUCCUAAAACCACCAUCCUUCUAUCUAUUGUUUCAUGUACCCUUUAUUCGGGUUUCUUGGUUUCCGGCAUUGGAGGAGCCACUGCCAUCGGAACUGGCUUAGAUACUCUGUUCGUCUUUGUGAUCCUGCUAAGCCAAGCUUGGACCUUGCAUGUUAUCAAGAACACAUUGCAAGUUGCAAUCUCUCGUGUGAAAUACAUGCAGUUUGCAAGCGGCACGGAGAUUGGUACAAAGAUUGCAUUUAAAGACACAAUUAACCAUUCAAUGGGAAGUGUUUGCAUUGGUUCAGUCCUUGUGCCAGUUGUCGGGGUCGUUCGGGGUUCGGCCCGGGCCAUUAGUUUGAUUUCAGGGGAUGCAGAUGAGUUCAUGUUCUCAUGUACUAAUUGCUACUCAGGAGUCGCUUCAAGGCUAAUAGCAUAUGCAAACCGAUGGGGUUUUGUGCAUGUUGGGAUUUAUAGCAAAGGAUUUGUACAAGCAUCAAUAGAUACAUGGGAGAUGUUCAAAAAAGUUGGGUUGGAACCUUUGAUUGACUCUGACCUCACCAGUUCAUUUUGUUUCCUCUGUGGAGUGGCAGGGGGAGCCGUAUCAACUCUAAUAGCUGGUUCAUGGGCUCUAGUGGUUCAUAAAAGCUAUGCAACUGAAGUGUUGGUGUACGCCUUCUUGAUUGGAUAUUUCACGAGUCGCGUUGCCAUGGUGUGGCCACAAGCUAGCAUUUCAUCAUACUAUGUUGCCUAUGCAGAAAACCCACAAAGCCAGCUGUUUGACUCUACCAUCCCAGUUCGCAUUCAGGAGCUACAGAGAUAUCAAGCUUAG